AUGACAAUCAACCACUAUUCCCCACCACCGACUACCCAAGAGCCGUUGGACUACGCUGACCUCCCGAUAAUUGACCUAUCUAAGUCGCCGCGUCCAGAUGACGUACGCGAAGCGAUGCAGACCCAUGGAUUCUUCUAUGUCAUUGGGCACGGACUUUCUCCCAUUGAGAAUCAGCGCAUCUUUGACAUUGCCGACAUUCCAUUCGCCAGCGUUAGCAACGACGAAAAACGGCAGUAUGAGGGGAAAAUGCAGCAGACCGGAUCUUAUCAAGGGUAUAAGCUUCGGAAGUAUUGGCACAUUGACAACGGCGUACAAGAUGAAGUUGAGCUCUACAACAUUAAUCGAGAUAUUUCGAAACGACAGCAUCCCGAAACCAUACGUCCUCAUCUCGCUGAAAUCGAAGCAUUUGCACGACACAAUCAUCUGAACGUUCUUCAUCCCAUUUUACGGUUCCGCCUCGGCCUUCCGGAAGGUGCACUUGUAAAUAUACACGGGUAUUCCUCUGUUGGGGAGACUUACGGUGCGACUUUUGCUCCUGCUUAUCCUCACUCUGCCGAGGACGAGGGAAAGACAAAGAGCGUCUGGCUCAAGGGACACACUGAUUUCGGUUCGAUCACUAUUCUAUAUAGCCAGCCCGUGUCGGCGUUACAGAUACUCACGCCCUCGGGGGAAUGGAAGUGGGUUAGACACGUCGAGAACGCAUUGGUCAUCAACGCCGGCGAUGCUCUAGAAUUCUUGUCGGGAGGGGUAUAUCGCGCGACGAUUCAUCGGGUUGUCCAACCUCCCAAGGACCAACGAGGGUACACUCGUCUUGGCGUAUUUUAUUUUUGCAUGCCAGACGAUAAUGUGAAGCUCCUCCCAUUGGUUAAUCCAAAAGUUCGCCGAUUCGUGGAUGCGGACGCUCCCACGAUGGAAGAAUGGCGCAAGGGAAGGACGGCAGCAUAUGGGAAAAGUGAACUCAAGAAGGCGGAAGGAGAGGAGAGGAUCGAGGAAGAAGUUAUUAAUGGUGUUGUGGUCAAGCAUUAUAACUAAUUCAAGCCAUAAC